AUGCGUUCCUUCGCUCUUCUGGCCGGAGCGCAUUUGGCGACAGCCUUGUACCAGAAUGGCUCUGUCAUUGCACCGUGUGACUCGCCUAUCUACUGUUAUGGCGAUUUACUUCGUGAGAUCGAGCUUGCGCGUCCCUUCUCGGACUCGAAGACGUUUGUUGAUCUGCCCACAAUCCGUCCAUUGGAUGAAGUCCUGGAGGCAUUCAACAAUCUCACGAAGCCAGUGCAAAACAACACCGAGCUCACCGAUUUCUUGACUACCUACUUUGGCGAGGCUGGUUCAGAGCUGGAGCCCGUACCUGCAGAUCAACUUGAGACCCAGCCGGACUUUCUGGAGAACGUAAAUAGCUCAGUCAUUGUAGACUUUACUCGCCAAGUGAUAGAUAUCUGGCCGGAUCUCACACGUCGAUAUGUUGGUGCAGGAAACUGCACGGGAUGUGUCAACUCGUUCAUUCCCGUCAACCGCACCUUUGUGGUUGCUGGCGGUCGCUUCCGCGAGCCUUACUACUGGGAUUCAUUCUGGAUCGUCGAAGGCCUGCUGCGCACCAAGGGAUCCUUCACCCAGAUCGCUGAGAACAUUAUCGAGAACUUUAUGGAUCUUGUCGAGGAGAUCGGUUUCGUUCCCAACGGUGCCCGGAGGUACUACGAAAACCGCUCGCAGCCACCUCUUUUGACCCAAAUGGUCCGUGUCUACGUUGAGUACACACAAAAUUACACCUUGCUCACGCGAGCCCUGCCCGUUUUGGAGCUCGAGUACGAAUUUUGGGUCAAUAAUCGCUCUGUCACUCUCGAGCGCAGCGGCAGGAAGUAUACCCUGCACCACUACAAUGUCUCGAACACCCAGCCCCGCCCGGAGUCGUACCGUGAGGACUAUAUUACAGCAAACAACCUGACUUACUUCAAUGAAGAGGGCGAGCAGUUCAACGCCAGCCAGCCGCUCAACGAGACCCAGAAGGCAGUACUUUACGCUGAUCUCGCCUCCGGAGCUGAGUCUGGAUGGGACUACACAUCACGCUGGUUAAAGAAUCCGUCUGAUGCUGUCAAUGAUAACUUCUUCCCACUUCGCUCGCUCAAUGUUAUCAACACCAUUCCCGUUGAGCUGAACUCGAUCCUGUACUACAACGAAAUGACCAUUGCCGAAUUUCAUCGUCGCGAGGGCAAUUACAGUGCUGCACGCCAGUGGGCUGAACUUGCCAGGAAUCGCAGCGAAGCAAUGACCGCCAUCCUAUGGAAUGCAGAACACUACAGCUACUUCGACUACAAUCUGACUUCCAGCGCACAGAACAUCUACACCCUCGCAGACAACACCAGCACACCGCUCUCGCUUGCCGGUGCACCUGCAGGCUAUCAAGUCGGCUUCCAGCUCAGCCAGUUGUACCCAUUCUGGACCGGUGCGGCACCCGAGAGCAUCAAGGGCAACCCCACAGCGAUUCGUCACGCAUUCGCCCGCGUUGAAGAGGCGCUUGACACAGAAGCUGGCGCACUUUCGGCUACCAACCUCUUCACCGGUCAGCAGUGGGACGAGCCGAACGUGUGGCCCCCGCUGCAAUACAUCGUCAUGCAGGGUCUUCUCAACACACCACUCGAGGUCAGCGAAGAUGAUAAGGAGCAGGCCGCCGAAGACUACAUCUGGACGCAGGACCUUGCCCUCCGCCUUGCGCAGCGCUACACGGACUCCCUUUACUGCACAUGGCGCUCCACCGGCGGUGCCACCGAGGAAGUUCCUCAACUCCCCGGCGCCGAAGGCAAUGGUACCAUUUUUGAGAAGUACUCAGAUGAAGCUAUCAACGCGCGUGGAGGCGGUGGCGAGUACGCGGUGGUGGAAGGCUUCGGCUGGAGUAAUGGUGUUCUGAUCUGGGCUGUGGACAACUUUGGUCAGAAGUUGACGACGCCUGAUUGUGGUAACAUUACAGCUGCUGCGCCCCCUACAACGUCGACGAAGAGGAAGAGGAGUGCGGUGGAGAUCCAUAAGAGGGAUGCGGCGUGGAUCAAGGGCACUAAGGAAAACAUGAUGUUCCCCAAGCACUGA